AUGGAGAAUCCAUCAGCAUCCAGAGAAAAAGGAUUCUGUUUUCCAGAUGUUCCAGCAGAAGAAAUGGAUGGUUGGGUUAAGAAUUUGAUUUUCGAAGAAGAUAUGUUUAGCUCCUCUUCAACUUCUGAGCUUAUGAACUUCGAAUCUUUUGCUUCAUGGUGCAACACCCCUUCUGCUGCUACAGAUUUCUUGUUCACUCAGUAUGACUUAUCGACCUCUCAAUCUACUACACCUUUUGGAGGCUUUCAAGGCUCAUACGUUGGCGUUAAAAGACCGGCACAGGAGAUGAUUUCUCAGUUUCAUUGCCUAUCUGAUACUGAAAAGCUUACUGGUAAACGAAGCAAGGGUAGUAAUCAGACUAGUAGUGUAGACUAUAGUGUUCCAAGGUCACUGAGCCACACUCUUGAUGAUAAGAUGCUUAAGGCAUUAAGUUUGUUUAUGGAGUUCUCCGGAGAGGGAAUUCUGGCACAGUUUUGGACUCCUAUUAAGAAAGGAGAUCAUUACAUGCUUAGUACUUGUGAUCAGGCUUACUUGCUUGACUCGAGGCUGUCUGAAUACCGUGAAGUAUCGAGGAACUUCACUUUCUCUGCUGAAGCAAAUCAAUGCUCUUACCCAGGUCUUCCAGGCAGAGUCUUUAUCUCUGGAAUUCCUGAGUGGACAUCAAACGUGAUGUAUUACAAGACCGCUGAAUAUCUAAGGAUGAAGCAUGCUCUAGAUAACGAUGUCCGUGGUUCCAUUGCAAUUCCUAUCCUUGAAGCAUCAGGUUCAUCUUGUUGUGCUGUCCUGGAACUUGUGACAUGUAGGGAAAAACCCAACUUUGAUGUGGAGAUGGACUCUGUCUGUCGUGCUCUGAAGGCCGUGAACUUACAGACAUCAACUAUUCCACGUUCUCAGUACCUUUCUAGUAAUCAAAAAGAAGCUUUGGCUGAAAUAAGAGAUGUUCUCCGAGCGGUGUGUCAUGCACAUAGGUUGCCUUUAGCUCUAGCUUGGAUUCCAUGUAGUUACUCCAAAAGAGCAAACAAUGAGUUGGUAAAGGUUUAUGGAAAAAAUUCAAGGGAUGUCUCUCUUCUUUGCAUAGAAGAAACAGCAUGUUAUGUGAAUGAUAUGGAAAUGGAAGGCUAUGUGAAUGCAUGUUUGGAGCAUUAUCUGAGAGAAGGGCAAGGAAUUGUUGGCAAAGCACUCAUAUCAAACAAACCGUCUUUCUCAUCCGACGUAAAGACAUUUAAUAUCUGCGAGUACCCUCUUGUUCAACAUGCUCGAAAGUUUGGUCUUAAUGCUGCAGUUGCCACCAAACUGAGGAGCACAUUGACCGGUGAAAAUGAUUAUAUACUUGAGUUUUUCUUACCUGUAAAUAUGAAGGGAAGCUCAGAACAACAACUUUUGCUGGAUAGUCUCUCGAGCACGAUGCAGAGACUAUGUCGGACUCUGAGAACUGUUUCAGAUGCAGAAACGUCAAAUCUCCCACAGGCUAUUACUGUAUCUGAAGAAAGCUUACAGACAACAUAUCUGGAUACCGACGUCAACUCUACUGCAACUAUCUUCUCAAACAUGUCCUCUGAUACAACAAAUGAUAUAGCAGGUUCUCAGGGAAAUAUUCAACAGGAAAUUAGCGGAGCAAGAAGAUCAGAGAAGAAGAAAAGCAGUACAGAGAAGAAUGUGAGCUUGAAUGUUCUCCAACAAUACUUUUCUGGGAGCUUAAAGGAUGCUGCAAAAAGCCUUGGUGUUUGUCCGACUACACUAAAGCGAAUAUGUAGACAGCACGGAAUCAUGAGAUGGCCAUCUCGCAAGAUUAACAAAGUGAAUAGAUCGUUAAGGAAAAUACAGACAGUGCUCGACUCUGUCCAAGGUGUAGAAGGAGGACUGAGGUUUGACUCGGUAACAGGGGAAUUUGUGGCAGUUGGCCCUUUUAUACAAGAAUUUGAUACUCAAAAGAGUCUGUCCUCUCAUAAUGAUGAAGAUGCAUUUGUAAUAAGCCAAAGUGAUAUGGAUGAAGAUGCGUCAUUAGAGCCUUUGAAAGUUACAUCUGGUGACGGUGGUAGGGUUAAGAUGGAGGAGAGUGUUGAAACAAUCCAAGCAGGAGGACCAGGAUCACUGAUGGAGCCAUGGGCUUGGAUAAGCAAAGACUCUGGCUUGAAUUAUACUGAUGAUAUCAAUAUAGGGAAAAGGAGUGAAGAGGUAAAGAAGGAUAAAGACCUUUGUGUUCGUAGGUGCUUGAGCUCUGUAGCACUUGCAGACGAUGGAACAAAUACAAGAAUUGUAGAACCAAAUCCAUCCAUAUCCAACAGCAUGUCGGACUCAUCAAAUAGUUCAGGUGCAGUUGUGUUGGGAAGCUCAUCUGCUUCCAUAGAACAAAAUUGGAAUCCAAUAACUCAUAAUACUAGUGGCGAGAGCGGAUCAAGUUCAAUAUUGACUGUAAAAGCCACUUAUAGAGACGACACUGUACGUUUCAAACUUGAUCCAUAUCUUGUUGGGUGUUCUCAGCUAUACGGAGAAGUGGGUAAGCGCUUCAAGCUGCAAGAAGGCGCCUUUCAGUUGAAAUACUUGGAUGAUGAAGAAGAAUGGGUGAUGUUGGUUACAGAUUCUGAUCUUUAUGAGUGCUUCGAGAUAUUAAACGGUAUGAGAAAACACACAGUGAAGUUUCUGGUACGUGAUUUACCUAGCACCGCAAUAGGGAGUUCUGCAGGCAGCAACGGUUACUUGGGGACAUGCUCCUAACAUUAAUCUUAUUAUGCUAUAUGUAAACAUGAUCUAUGUUUGGUCUCACAGAAAGAUAGAAAAAAAAGGGUGCAGUGGAGUUGAAGAAUGUAUAUAACAUACAAAGACGCAUAUUUUUGGUAUCAACAAGUUGUAUAAGUUAAUUAUAAUCUCAUGUU